AUGCCGGAGCAAAGUAAUGAUUAUCGGGUCGUAGUUUUUGGUGCGGGUGGUGUUGGAAAAAGUUCACUUGUGCUGCGGUUUGUGAAGGGUACAUUCCGGGAGUCAUAUAUACCGACGAUCGAAGACACUUAUAGACAGGUUAUAAGUAGCAACAAAACAAUAUGCACACUACAAAUAACGGACACCACAGGUUCUCACCAAUUUCCGGCUAUGCAACGACUGUCUAUAAGCAAGGGCCAUGCAUUCAUACUUGUAUAUUCAGUAAGCAGUCGGCAGUCACUGGAGGAACUGAAACCCAUUUGGCAAACAAUAAGGGAAAUAAAAGGGGCAGACCUGCCCAAUAUUCCAGUUAUGCUAGCGGGUAACAAGUGUGACGAAAGUCCUGAAAUACGAGAAGUAUCUGCUGCGGAGGGCCAAGCUCAAGCCCAGGAAUGGGGUGUGUCUUUUAUGGAGACAUCAGCAAAAACCAACCACAACGUCACCCAGCUGUUUCAGGAGUUGCUUAACAUGGAAAAGAAUAGAAAUGUCUCCCUACAAGUCGACGGAAAAGGAAAAAAGAAAAAGGAAAAGAAUGUCAAAGAUGGCGGAGAGGGGUCAGCAAGCGGAAGAGAGAAAUGCCUACUUAUGUAG